AUGUCGACAAAUCUCUUCUGGUCGUUUUUUAUUUUUUUCGCCUCUGCCGUCAGAAAUUUAUCGCUUGCGCAGGUAACUGACCUCUUUCCAAACUUCCAUGAAACCUGACCUUCCAGGUUAAUUAUUUUACUUUGAUUAAAAAACUCUCCAAAAAGGGAAGAUCACUGUGAAUCAAUUGAUUUGUCAAAGGAUGAGAAGAUUGCGCUGAACGAGAAGUGCUACACCAAUGAUUACCUGGAUAUUACACCUGUCGGGAAAGAUUCGCGCGGAGUCAAUUCCAGUGUCCUCUGCGACUACCUCUGUCAACCCUACCACGAAGUUUCAUUUCAGAUUUUUCUAAAACUUUCCUGUUGCCUCUUUCUUCGUAUUCUGAACACAUCUUUCUAAAAAAAGGUUAAUGAAUACAUAUAUUGAAGGUAAACCAGAAGGAAAAAUGUCACAGAUUUAUCACUCAAAGAAGAAAUUUGAAUCUCCUAGGUAGUCAUAGGUGUGAUCGAUUGUUGAUUUUUUCGAAAGAAAAAACAUUAAAGCUUCAAUGAAUGCCAUAAUGGGGAAUAACCGUUCAGUUCAUAAUUUCUGAAUAUGUUUAGAAAAUUGGAUUUUUAGCUGAGAAAGUUUGGGAAAGGAUGUGAUUCUCAGAUAUUUUCGGUCGCCUCAAAAAAUUGUUUCAGUGGUACGGUCAUCAUGGGGAUCCCGUUUGUGUCUCAAACAGGUUUUUUCAACCUGCAAAAACAAAACAAGCGGCUUCAGGUGCGUCUGCUGGCUCAAGAGCAGAAUUCCCGUUACCCUGGAUCCUCAGACGACGACGCCUUCGGAGACAACUUCUCACUCUUGGAAUACCACCGACUCUUCCACAACUCUCAAAGUUUAA